AUGUCUGUGCAAUUAACGCCAUCGAAGAGGCAGAAUGAAACUGAGGCAAUCGGUACAGGAAAAUUGCAUAAAAAUGGGAAUUCUAGCUCACCAAAUUCCCAGGUUAAUGGAAAUAUAUUGCGGGUAUUUUGCCCGGGAACGAAGGUAGAUAGUGUUAUUGGAAAAGAUUGCAGCAUUAUAUCACAAAUAAGUCAAGAAACGGGUGUUAGAAUUCAGGUGGAAGAACCUGUUCCUGGGAGUGAUGACAGAGUGAUUACUCUAAUUCGCCCAGAUAAAGAUGACGGGAGGGUUGAUGAACAGUCUAACAAGGAAGGGAAUGAUGAAAAUAAGGAGACCGGGACCAGAAAGAAUGACGGGGAUCAGAAUGAUCAUAAUGAAGACAAACCGGAAGCUGGUCCAGUUGAUAUAGUUUCAGCAGUAGUAGGGAAGGAUGCAAUAUCAGCAAUGCAGAAAGCUUUAAUUCUUGUAUUUGAAAGAAUGUUUGAUGGUAACCAGGAAAAAGAUGGAGGAGGAGGUGAAUUAGAGGGUGAUAAAGUUUCAACUUUUGCUGUGAGGUUACUCGUGUUUUCUGGUCAAAUAGGUUCCUUGUUGGGGAAACAAGGUAGCAUAAUUAAGCGAAUGGCUUCGGAAAGUGGAGCCCAGAUACGAGUUCUUCCCAGGGAUAAACUGCCUCCUUCUGUAUCUUCUUCCGAUGAGUUUGUUCAGAUUUCUGGAGUGCCUGAUGCUGUUAGAAAAGCACUUAGUUCUGUGUGUCAGCAAUUACUUGAGAAUCCACGCUCUUUCCCUGGCGAUCCAAGUGGACCAUCACCUAAUUCAUUUGGCCGUUCUGCAAGACCAGAUGGUAUUGCCCAGCCAAACCAUACUUUCCAUGGACUAAGGCCGCCUUAUUCAGCUGGAUUUCGUGACGGUGAAGCUGGUUUUCCUGAUUUCGUCUAUCCUCCCCAGGAUGUGUUAACCUACCGGUUAUGGUGCUCGCAUGACAAGAUAGGAGGUGUCAUUGGAAAAGGGGGAUUCGUUGUUAGGGCAAUCCAAAAUGAAACUGGCUGCGAAAUCAAAGUUCUUGAUUAUGCUGCUGACUCAGAGGAUCGCAUAAUUCUUAUAUCUGGUCCUGCGCACCCAGAUGAAAGGAUUUCUGCACCUCAGGAUGCUGUCCUGCGGGUACAGUCCAGAAUAUUUAGGGCAUCACCUGAAAGUCAAGAUAAAAAUUUAACUGCUAAACUUCUUGUCCCCACAAAUCAAAUUGGCUGUCUUCUAGGCAAGGGUGGUUCUAUCAUCACUGAAAUGAGGAAGGCAACUGGAGCUUAUAUUCGUAUAUUGGGAAAGGAUCAAAACCCCCAAGGUGCUUUGGAAAAUGAUGAACUGGUUCAGAUAAAUGGAGAAUCUGAAACAAUUCAAGAGGCUCUUCUGCAGAUAACGUCAAGGUUACGAGAACAUUUCUUCCGAGAUGCAUUUCCUUCCAUGAACUACCCUUCAAAUCCUGCCUUUCCUGACCAAGUACCACCAUAUCCACCUUUCAUGGGAAGGAGAGAGCAUUCACCUUCAGGAAUGUAUCGUGAUCUGGGCCCACCAUUUCAUAAGUUUGAUUCUGUUGGAGGCCCGCCCCCAGGUGGUUUCCAUCCACUUGAUGAGCGCCCGCCGUUCAUGCAAAAUUUCCACAGACCUGGGUUCCCACCUCAUAUGCCUGAAAGAUUUCCAUCUUCGGCUCCAUGGGGUCCGCAGGGGCCUCUUGAAGUUGGUGGCCCAAUGGGUCCACCUGAUUUUCCUGGGGGUCCUCCUAGAGGAAUCGGUGGAUUUGGAGGAGUAAAUCAUGGAGCUAUUAUUACAAACACCACUGUGGAAGUUGUGGUUCCACGUUCUGUUGUUCCUGCUAUAUAUGGUGAGGGUGGCGGAUGCUUAAGACAAAUCCGUGAGAUUUCCGAUGCCAAAAUUACCAUCACUGAUACGAAACCUGGAGUUCAAGAAACUGUAAUCAUAAUCUCUGGAACCCCUGAGCAGACCAAUGCAGCUCAAAGUCUUAUUCAAGCAUUUGUGAUCAGCGAAACCGAAGCAAACUAA